AUGAAGUUCAGCGCUCCUCUCACAGCCUUGGCCGCAGCAGCGUCGCUGUCGCUGCUGCCAUCCGUCGUGGCACACGGUCCGGAAACCAGAGAAGAGGUGGUGCAGUUCCUCGAUCAGCAACAUGCAGCCUACCACUGCGCACCUGCCAUCGCCGCCAUGACAGCGGCACGAAAGAAGUCGUGGGCGCAAAAGGUGCUCGGGGGCGACUCGGUGCAGAACAAGAACCUCUUCAUCGACGGAUACUUCGAGGACCUUGGCAUUGAUGGCGAGAUUGCCGCAAAGGGCAUCAAGGCGCUCGAGGAAAAGGGCAAACGCAUCAUGGCGUGCGACCCUGUCGUCGAGAGCAAAAUCCGCAAUUCGACCUGCGUCCUCGCUCCCGAAGCCACCCAAGGGCCCUACUACCACACCGAGCACCACCCCAUCCGCGCCAACAUGGCCGAAUGGCAGCUCGGCGUGCACUUCCAGAUGGACGUCGGCGUGAUUGACGUCGACACGUGCGAACCCAUCCCAAACAUCCUCGUGGAUCUGUGGCAUGCCAACGCCACCGGACACUACUCGGGCCACCCGGACCCAGCACCGCACCUCGUCGAUGAGCAGCCCGCUUCGACCGGUAUCCGAAAGGGUCUCCUCUCUGCCUUCCCGCGUACCAACACGCACGAGCAGUGGCUCCGAGGCGCUCUUCCCACCGACAGGAACGGUGUCGCUCAGUUCACCAGCGUCUUCCCCGGCUACUACACUGGACGUGCCACGCACGUGCACGUCAAGAUCCACAACGACUGGCAGGUGCUUCCCAACGGCACCUUCCGAUCUGGCAGGCUCAUCCACACGGGCCAGUUCUUCUUUGACGACGAGCUCAACAUGAUGAUGGACAAGGUGUGGCCGUACAACACCAACCCCAUCGCCGACCUGCCCGGCCGAGGACGAACUCGAAACUGGGAGGACUCGCUGCAGAUCUUCCAGGUCUCGCACGAGAACGGCUACUUCCCCACUUUCGACGUCGAGAAGCUCGGCGGUGUCAUGACCGAUGGUCUCAUCGGCUACAUCACCGUGGGUGUCAACCGCUCCGUGGUGGUUGACGAGACCUGGAUUCCGACCACAGGUGGCGGAAAGACCAAGCCUUGGGUGCCUGCUGAGGCCGCUGUCCCUGCCCACGAGGAGCUUUGA